UUUACUCCUGCGUAACCAACAGCUCUGAUCCCUCGCUGUUUGAUGAUCACGCGUAGAGACACACACAUGUAUAUCCUCUCGGUAUCCGUCCGGUGUCCCGCUCCCAUGCUUUGAAACGGCGCGCACCAAACCAAGAGAGUGUCCACCAUGUCCACGGGAUCUCUCAGCGACGUCGACGACGAACUCCUGGACGGCAUCCUAAAGUUCGGCUCUACGGAUAAAGACUCGUCCAGCGAGAGCGCCGAGGAGAGCUGCGAGGGGAGCUCCGCCGAGGACGACGACAUGGGAGAUGUCCCCGGCGGGAAGAAGAAAAAACGAAAGACCUCCAGGAAGAAGGGGCCCAACGGUGUGGUGCACGAGGGCAAGCAGGUGCAGAGGAAUGCGGCCAACGCGCGGGAAAGAGCAAGGAUGCGCGUCCUGUCCAAAGCCUUCUCGCGUCUGAAGACCACGUUGCCCUGGGUCCCCGCGGACACCAAGCUCUCUAAACUGGACACGCUGCGCCUGGCCUCCAGCUACAUCGCGCACUUACGCCAGAUACUGGCCAACGACAAAUAUGAAAACGGAUAUAUCCACCCCGUUAAUCUGACGUGGCCUUUCAUGGUGGCCGGGAAGCCAGAGAGCGAAAUGAAGGAGAUGCUGAGCUCGUCGAGGUUAUGUGGGCCCACUGCGUCUUGAUGUUUCCAACGAGGACAGUGUUUUCACACGCAGGAAAGAAGAUGGACAUGUAAAGGCCCACUGCACACGUGCCAUCUCCACAGACUCUGAGUGGGAAUAACUGAGAAAGACUUAACUAUAAGUCACAUGUCUCAAUCUCGUUCCCGUAAUACAAAAAAUAAUUUUAUUUAAAUGUGCUCUCUGCGCACUAUGCUUUUUCUUUGCUGGUUCAAAGAACAUGUUGCAUAUUUUAAUGCUCGUUUUUUUUUUUGUCUAUUGUGUUUUUUAUACUAUAAUGAACUGUAACAAUCUUCCUACAGUUGCUAUACAAGUUUCAAUGUUUGCAAUGCCGAUUUUGUGAAUCUUCUUAUUCCAUUGACUCGAAUGGUUCCAUCGUAUAUAAAACAUACAUGCAGCAUCAUGACA